AUGUACCGUGAAAGGAUAUUCAUAGGUCCCAACACGCUCUGGGAUGGGUUUGAACAUAAACAAACUUGGGAACACCCAAUCUGCGUCCCGGCCCUCUGUAGUCGAGGACUCCGAUGGCAUGACCCACCGUGGAGAGCACGAGACUGCAAAGACGCAACGUUCUCCUGCAAAAAGAGUCAAGAGGGGAAAGUAUGCGUCCAAGGCGUGCGCACCCUGUCACGCCCGGAAGAUAAAGUUGCCCUCGAGCCAUACUAUAAUGAUGAUGAAUACACUAACCCAUGUAGUGUGAUGGCCAUUUACCAUGCAGAACAUGUGUCAAUAAGCAGCAUGUCUGCCACCGACGUGAUAUCGGAUCAAGCUCGCAAGCUCUGGAACUGUCCAGAACUGUGUUCUCAGGCACUAAGGAGCGUGGGAGUAGAGGACAAGCUCCUGCAAAGGGUCAAUCAAUUAGAGAGCCAGCUUCAACGACUUCUCGCAAUAAACAAUCAAUCGGGCAGUCUCAAGCCUCCCUCAAGGCCAGGGUUUGUCUGUGGCGCAGAAACGUCGAGUAUACUAUCCUCGCACAAUCAACCAACAACGCCACCAGAUGACACGGCACAUUUUGUGGGCGAGAUUUCUAUGGUCCAUACUCUGAAUCAGGUCGAAAACCACUUUCAGCGAGUAAGUACAACCAAUCAUUCGAGCUCAUCAGUCCAAUCUAUUCAGCCAACGCAAUCACCACACCUUCGUAUCAAAGACGGCCCCACCCGGCUUAUGCAGUCAGAGUACCUAAAGUGUGUCUUGAAAGCGCAUAGUGUUAUCCCUGAUCGAGCUCACUGGAACGGGUACCUUCAGGCGUACGUGGACGAUGUGCACGUUCUGUAA